AUGAGUGACUCGCAACGAGAGAUGGCCGGAGGCCUGGAGAAAGGCUUCGGUGCGUCAAAUGUCCAGGAGCACAAAGCCCUCCGUUUGAAAACAGCAUACCAACAAAAACCACGCCUAGAGCCUGCCCAUGCUAGCAUUUGCCGCAACCUCCCAGGCCUCCUGGGGAAAUGGGAAAUUCCGAUCAACACGUUUUCCAUCAUCUACGGCACCUGUAUCGCUAUAUUCUUGCCCUUCCCUAGCACCCAGCCGGUUACUGCAGAGAACAUGAACUAUGGGGCUUCCGUUUUUGAAGCCGCGCUGCUUUUUGCUGUGGUCGAUUGGUUUGUGCGUGGGCACAAGAAAUCGAAAGGGCCUACGAUACGGAUGGCACACAAGUAG